AUGGUGACGUUCCACGAGGAGGGUGACAAGAUGGCGGUUCCGACCUGCCUGACGGUGCCGAUGUCGCCAGGGUUACGGCGCAAGCAGCUGAUGUGGCAGAACGCGGUCAAGCACAUCAUCAGCCAGACGCACCUGAGCGAGGAGGUGGGGGUGGAGCCUGCGCGCAAGAUGUACGUCACCGACGAGUUCAUCGACGAGAUCAACCAGCAGAUCCGCCACAAGGCGUCGCGCGGCAUGUCCAAGAGGCGCAGCUCGGCGGCCCGCGUCCACCCCGGCUCCCAGCACGAGCGUCAGUUCUCCACGAGCGCCCAGUCCUACUACGCCAGCGACGCCGACUUCUUCGUGCGCUGGGGCCGGGCCUGCCGCGGGGUCUACCUGCCCCUGCUGCGCCACACCUUCAAGUCGCGCGACCUGGAGCAGCUGUACCAGUGCCACUCCUCGCACCAGCGCCGCACCUCGCUCGUGCUCGCCGGCCUGGUGGACGCCGCCGCCAAGCUGCACCUGCUGCUGCUGUACCUGGCGCUGGCUCCGGGGGGCGCUGACGGCGAGGACGAGUCGACGCGCGGCUGGCUGACGGGCGUGUUCAUGGCGCUGCCCGUGGCGCUGUGCGUGCUCAUGCUGGCCUGCAAGGAGGCGGACUCGCCGCGAUGGCUGCAUCACGCCGGCCUGCUCUUCUGGCUCUCACAGACCACACAGGUGCUGGGAGGCCUGGUGUACGGGCUGGAGGGUGACUCGUCGUGGUACGUGAUGUUCGUCCUGUUCGCCACCUACACCAUGCUGCCCCUCCCCCUCCUCUGGGCCCUGGCCGCCGGCACACUCACCUCCGCACUUCACCUGGCCUCCGAGGCCCUGCUGCACCGCAGAGACACGCAGGUGCUCACCAAGCUGCUGGCCAAGUGUCUGCUGUAUGUGUGUAUGAACACGGCCGGCCUGUUCAUCCACUACCUGACGGACCGAGCGCAGCGGCAGGCCUUCCUGGAGACGCGCCGCUGCAUCGAGGGCCGCAUGAAGCUGGAGCAGGAGAACCAGAGACAGGAGCGUCUAGUGUUGUCUAUCCUUCCUCGCUUCGUUGCCUUAGACAUGAUGGCGGACAUGACAUCUUUGGAUGAUGAACUCAUUCCCCAACAAUUCCACAAAAUCUACAUCCACCAGUACACAAACGUGAGCAUCCUGUUUGCGGACAUUAAGGGAUUCACGCAACUCUCCAUGACUAUGUCGGCUCAGGAGCUGGUGCGGACACUCAACGAACUCUUUGGGCGCUUCGACCGUCUGGCAGAGGAGCACCACUGCAUGCGGAUCAAGAUCCUGGGCGACUGCUAUUACUGCGUCUCUGGGGUGCCGGAGCCCCAGCAGGCCCACGCUCGCUACUGUGUAGAGAUGGGCCUCGCCAUGAUCAACACCAUAAGGUCGGUGAAGCAGCAGCUGCAGCAGGACAUGGACAUGCGUAUCGGGAUCCACUCGGGCUCGGUGCUGUGUGGGGUGCUGGGCCUGCAGAAGUGGCAGUUCGACGUCUGGUCCUGGGACGUGGGCAUCGCCAACAUGCUGGAGGCUGGAGGCAUACCUGGGCGCAUCCACAUCUCGCGGGCCACACUGGACUGUCUGGAGGGCAGCUACCAGACGGAGGACGGUCGAGGGCAGGAGCGGAACGAGUUCCUGAAGAAGCACAACAUCGACACGUUCCUCAUCUGCCCCAAGGACGAGGCGCCCGAGCGGGGGCUGCCCAAGACCCGCAGCACGCUCCGCGACUGGGGAACCGAGGUUCCGUUUGGGAACAUCGUCGAUGUGAACUGCAUCCUGGCGUCCUUCACCAACGGCUCCCUGGCACACAUGCCCAGCGGCCGCCGCUCUGCGUCGCGGGAGAUCAACAAGCGCAUCGAGCACGCCAUCGAGGUGCGCAGCAGCGAGCUCAUGAGGCAGAAGCACAUCACGCCCUUCACCAUGGUGUUCAAGGACACACACCUGGAGGACAAGUUCUCGCUGAUGAGGGAUGAGAUGUUCAACACCUACAUGGUCUGCUCCUUCAUCAUGCUCCUCCUCCUCAUGGCCGUGCAGGCCCUCAUCCCAGCACCCAGGUUGGUGCCCACGGCGGUGCAGUUUGGCUUCUUCCUGCUGGCUCAUGUGCUGUUGCUAGCGGUGACGCUGGCGGAGGAGUUUAGACACGCCCCCUCUGCGCUGCAGCAGCUGUGCUGUUGGGUCCACGAGAACAACGGCGUCCGCAACGCCGUCACCAUCGCCGCCAUCACACUCACCUCCGCCAUGGUUACAGUGGACAUGGUGUGGUGUCACUUCCUGGGAGGGUCAAUGACCAAUAGGAGCAGUGAGCUGCAGUCACCUGACCAGUCACCUGACCAGAAUCUGCUAAGUCUUUGCACACACCCAGAGUUCUUCGUGCUGAGUGGGGUGGUUUCUAUGGUGACGUGUGCGGUGUUCCUGCGUCUCAGUUCUCUGCUGAAGCUGCUGGUGCUGCUGCUGGUGCUGCUGGUGCACUCCUACUUCAUAGAGGUGGCCUUCCACACACUCCACCUCAGCCACGGAGACGAGAGGAGGACAGGUGUGUCCAUCCUCUUGCUGGCCAUGUUUGUGGUGGCGGUGUUCUACAACGGCCGACAGUGGGAGGCGACGGCGCGCCUGGACUUCCUGUGGCGUCUGCAGGCGCAGCAGGAAGUGGAGGACAUGCGGGAGCUGAGGGAGCACAACGAGUGCCUGCUGCACAACAUCCUGCCCACCCACGUCGCUCGCCACUUCCUGGAGCGCAGCAGGAACGAUGAGGAGCUGUAUUCCCAGUCGUAUGAUGAGGUGGGUGUAAUGUUUGCCAAUAUCGCCGGCUUUAACGACUACUACGAGCAGAAGGAGGUGCGGCACGAGGGUGUGGAGUGUCUGCGGCUUCUCAACGAGAUCAUCGCCGGCUUUGACGAGCUCCUGGAGGAGUCCUACUUUCUGGAUAUCGAAAAGAUCAAAACCAUCGGCAGCUGUUACAUGGCCGCAUCGGGCCUGUCUCCUGACAAGGUGCGCAGAACGUGUUCAGGUGAAUGGCAUCAUCUCGGGGAGCUGGUGCUGUUUGCUCUGGCCAUGCAGGAGACCCUGAAGGAGAUCAACAGGAACUCACACAAAAACUUCCAGCUCCGCGUCGGUAUCGCCCACGGUCCGGUGGUGGCGGGCGUGAUCGGCGCCACGAAGCCGCAGUACGACAUCUGGGGCCUGACGGUGAACCUGGCGAGCCGCAUGGACAGCAGCGGCGUGAGCGGGCGCAUCCAGGUGCCCGAAGCCACGCGCAAGAUCCUGGCCAACUGGGGCUUCGCCCUGGAGCUGCGCGGAGAGAUCUUCAUCAAGGGCGUCAGCGAGCGCCAGGGACGCAUCCGCACAUACUUCAUCUGAGGAGCGAUGAAGGCCCAGCGCGGGGGCCAGGCACAGAGGAGCGGGCGCUCCACCCUGGCGGAGGUCGUGUUCGGACUAGUGCAGGCCAUCCAGAAGGAGAAGACCAGGGAGGUCAACGGAGGCUUCGGCCUGCCCACCAGCAGCCUGCAGUGCUGACCGUGUGUGUGUGUGUGUGUGUGUGUGUG